AUGGCUGGCAUCGAGAAUCCGCAGACAGCCUCUCAAUCGGCAGCCCAGGAGGGCCAAGACAAGGUUCCCCAUCCACUCAACCUCGCGGAAACUGUGUCGCAUGACAAUGGUUUGACCAAGGGCGAUGGCCUCGCCGAUGAGGAGUACAUUGUCGAUCCGAUUCUUGAAGCCAAGCUGGUCCGGAAGAUUGACAUCCGCAUGCUUCCCAUGCUGUGGAUCUGUUACAUGGUGAAGAGAAGUUUGGCGGUCUCGAGAUCGGCGGAACGCAGGCGCCACCAGUCAUCCAGGAGGGCGGAGUCGGGCCGAGAGGCCUGCUUCGGCUCGGCCACCCAUCCAUCAAUCUACACUGCCCCCAGCCAGACUCCGAACCUGGCGCUGAUCCCCAGCCUCAACUACCUCGACCGUACCAACAUUGGCAAUGCGUAUCCGGGUGGCAUGGGCGAGGACCUGCACCUCACCUCUUCUGACUACUCGCUGGUCCUGUCCAUCUUCUUUGUGGGCUACCUGCUUUGGGAGGUGCCCUCCAACAUGAUGCUGGCACGGUCCACACCUCGUGUAUUCCUCCCCACCAUCAUGUUUGUUUGGGGGGCUAUGUCGCUUGGGGCCAAGGGAAUCAACAGUCUGGGAGGCAUGGUGGCCUUCCGCUUCGUCCUCGGCCUCGUUGAGGCAGGGUUCUUCCCCGGAGUUAUGCUCCUGAUGUCAUGUUGGUACAAACCCGCCGAGCUUUCGAAGAGAGUCGCCAUCUUUUGGACAGCCGCUCUGACGUCGGGGGCCUUCGGAGGUAUCCUCGCUGGCCUGAUUAUCCAGAGUCUGGAAGGCAAAGCGGGAACCCGAGGAUGGAAGUGGCUCUUCAUUGUCGAGGGCCUCAUCACCGUCUUCUUUGCCACCAUGGCCUUCUUCGUACUGCCCAACUACCCUGCCAACACCAAAUGGCUCACGGAGGAGGAGCGUGAACUCGCCAUUCGGCGCCUCCAGUCUGGCUCCAACGUGGAGGAAGAUCAUGUCGGCCAUCUUGAGGCGUUCAAGGCUGCCUGUCGUGACCCUAAGACCUGGGUGUUCGUCCUCACCUACAACUUUAUCAACUGUGCCGGUACAAUCUCGUACUUCUUUCCAACCCUCAUGAAGACUCUGGGGUAUUCCGGCCGGAUGAUUCAGUUCAUGACGGUUCCAAUUUACGCUGUAUCGCUUGUCGUCGCUGUCGUCGGCGGUAUCAUCGCCGACAAGACCCGCCAAAAGGCAUUCGUGGUUCUCGGCGCAGCCAUCCUGUCAACAAUCUCAUUCAUCAUCAUCACAACUGUCAAGAACUCCAAUGUCCGCUACGCCUUCCUCUGCUUCGGAGCGGCCGGCAUCUGGGUGGCGGUCCCGGUCUUCCUCUCUUGGGUGGUAACCGAGUUUGACGGCCGCGAGAAGAGGGCUGUUUCAAUCGCCCUCGUGAAUGGCAUCGGUAAUCUGUCCUCGGUGUAUGGUGCGUUCCUCUGGGACAAGAAGUACGCUCCAAGCUACAUUCCAGGGUUCGCCACCACCACUGUGCUUUGUGGUUGCAUUGCCAUUGUCGUUGUCUUUGCUCGGCUCAAGUGGGGCGACAAGGGUGUUGCGAAGACAUCGUAA